AGCACACACCAACUUGCUGUCCAGGAAACAGCUUAACCAGAGAGGGGAGUUGGGGAGGGCGAAAGGCGGGGAAAAGCAGCGUCUCAGAUCUUCUCGCGUCUUGCCGCAGAGAAGUGGGUUGCUGGGCUGUUGAGGUUUUUCUAAUUCAAGAUUUUCUUUAAUUUCCCGCCUAAAGCCUCCCCUCUGUAGGGUCGCAUCCCCUGUAAUAAAAUGAAUUCUGAUUCGAGCUCUGUCUCCAGCAGAGCUUCCUCUCCGGACAUGGAUGAGAUGUAUCUGAGGGACCACCACCACCGCCACCACCACCACCAAGAGAGCCGUCUCAACUCGGUCUCGUCCACGCAGGGCGACCUGGUGCAGAAGAUGCCCGGGGAAAGUCUCUCGCGGGCCGGUGCCAAGGCCGCGGGCGAGAGCAGCAAGUACAAAAUCAAGAAGCAGCUGUCGGAGCAGGACCUACAGCAAUUGCGGCUGAAGAUCAAUGGGCGCGAGCGCAAGCGGAUGCACGACCUGAACCUCGCCAUGGACGGACUGCGCGAGGUCAUGCCCUACGCGCACGGGCCCUCGGUGCGCAAGCUCUCCAAGAUCGCCACGCUCCUGCUAGCCAGAAACUACAUCCUCAUGCUCACCAGCUCCCUGGAGGAGAUGAAGAGGCUGGUUGGCGAGAUCUACGGGGGCCACCACUCGGCCUUCCACUGCGGGACCGUGGGCCACUCUGCGGGCCACCCAGCGCACGCCGCCAACGCUGUGCACCCGGUACACCCGAUCCUGGGCGGCGCGCUCUCCUCCGGCAACGCCUCGUCACCGCUGUCCGCAGCCUCGCUGCCGGCUCUCGGCACUAUUCGACCUCCGCACACGCUCCUCAAGGCGCCCUCCACGCCGCCGGCGCUGCAGCUGGGCAGCGGCUUCCAGCACUGGGCCGGGCUGCCCUGCCCCUGCACCAUCUGCCAGAUGCCGCCGCCGCCGCACCUGUCGGCUCUCUCCACCGCCAACAUGGCCCGGCUGUCCGCCGAGUCCAAGGACUUGCUCAAGUGAGCAGCGGGUCCGCCCGGCUGCGGAGAAAGAGGGGAGAGCCGCGGAGGGGCCGCGGUGCCGGGCCGGGAGGGAAGAGCGAGGCUGAGAGCUCCGCCGACGGGAGGGGGGGCGCAGGUCUGCGUGGCCUCCCACACGGUCUGAGAGAGCUCAGAUCCCGCUUGACCCCCGGAGGGGAAGGACCAAAACCAAACUGCAAUUUCUAGGUGGUAGCGAAGGGGGACUCGAACCAGACGUCGUGUGAUUUGCAUGCAUGCUUCUUUUCCCCGGGCCGCGCCAGUCUAUCUCUGCCAUAUGCUCUUGUCAAAACCGCAUUUGUUGUAUAAAGACGGGAUGGGUGUAGUUGAAAACUUGAGAAGGGACUUUCAAGUCGGCUUUCUCUUGGCUCUGUUUCACCUUGGAAAAGACAACCAUCCGUUUUGUGCAAAACAAAUGUAAAUAUUUCCUUGAGAUGGAUGCAAUUAGGAUUGUCACUCAACUAACUCUCCACCGUGGUUUUUCUACAGACAAGAGAGAGAGUGAGAGCGAGAAAGGGAGAGACGGAGAGAGAGAGCGAGAGAUCCAAGCUUUGGGUUUUGAGUUGUGAAUCUCGAUUCCGGUGCAGGGCAAGACAGGUCCUCGUGGGUUUUCCUUACCGAUGCAGUGUAGGUCAAAGAGUGCAUGCACGCUUCUAAAUGAAUCUUGUCUAAACAUGUUGUGGAGGCCGUGAUGCCGUUUUCCUUGUAACAAGGAUUUAUUAGUGAAUUCUCCGAAGUACUCCAUAUAUCUGACUGUGGUUGUAUGAAAUGAAAAAGGGGGCAGAGUGCAAAGACCCAUACUCAGCACACUCGCUUUUUCCUCUACCCCACCCCCUUGGAAUUCCCUUCCCCAGCUUAGGCUGUUCAGGAGCCAGCAAUUGCAAAGCUUGAGCUCCCUCUACUAGCUUGACCCACGCCCCACCCACCCUACCCCUUGCUCAGUGAUUCUGCAUGCUGGGUCAGCUCUCUCGAUCAUCAGCUUUGAAAACUUAUUGUGGUUUGGGGAGGGGUGCCGUUUUUUAUUUUCCUGAACAUUUGCUUGAAGUAUUUUGUUAGGGCCUCAAAGACAAGACCUGUCUUUAUUUUUUAUAUAUUCUUGAUAACUAUGAUAUAUUUAUUAACAACCAGUGUUUCUGGAUGAGAUUUCAAAUAAAAAAGAAUCUUUAAA